AUGGAUCCCGCAGCGUUGGUUGGUCUUACAAUCUACAACCUCCCACCUAUGCCCCCAAAAUGGGAUAGAAUAGGCAUUUUCUACGUCACGUUUUGUGCGACAUGGACGGCCAUUGUACUCGCUGGGAUGGCCUUCCUUUGGGCCAAUCGCACACAUCCCAUCCUGAAGAUCAGGGGUUUGCCACUGGCUUUCGGUUCCAUAAUAUUUCUGCACAUGUACUGGUGCAUGGCCCAGAUCACAUACCCGAUCGGUGGGACAAUGCCCGUGGUAAUCGCCUACGAUGUUCAGUAUUUCGUCAUGGGAAUUUGGUUUCCCUUGGCAAAGCUGCAAAGACUUCAAUUCACGGACAACGGGGCUCGCUAUGAACAAGGAUGCAACGGUAGAAAGAGUUCAUGGCUCUGCAGGUUGAGGAACAUGGAAUAUGGAAAGAGACUCAUGAUAUUUAUCUGGGUUGGCAUUGUAGCACAGUGUCUUCUUACUACUGGCAUGUGGUUGGCGUGCAAGAAAUACCACCCGACAUUCGGCAUUCCGGGAACAGAAAUACGAGGGGAAACUCUUCCAGAGCAGCUCAUCGAGUUGGGCCGAGGAUGGGAAUGGUGGCCAACCAUUAUCUGGCAGUUUGUCUGGACUUGGGUCGUUGCGCCGAUUCUGAUUUGGAGAGCUUGGAGUAUCCGAGAUACUAUGGGAUGGCGAAUACAAACCGUUGGUUGCUGUCUCUCGAGUCUCCACGCAACUCCCAUGUUUCUUAUUGCAUCAUAUGUACCAGCCUUUAACAAGAUCAAUAUGUACUUUACGCCAAGCCAGUGGAUCCAUCUUUCUACCAUGAUGUUCGAAAUCUUCACCAUAUUCAUCCCGCUUGUUCAGCUUGUUCGUCUUCGCAUCCAGACAAAACACGUAACAGAUGCGAAUGCAAGGUGGGAGACGGGAUCGCAAAUGACCUUUAGGCCAUCCACUGUAGUUUCAUUCUAUGGUACCAAGAACUCUCCAUCUUCCAGCCAGGAAGAAAAAGCCCAAUUGGCUCUCUGUCAAUUGAAAUAUUCCGAUAUAGGUUCCGAGCCGGACAGCCGCCUGCUGACAAUGACUGCCCUCGAUCACGCUCUUAGAGAGAAUCGGAGUGGGCUGCAGGAAUUCUCGGCUCUUAGCGACUUUUCGGGAGAGAACAUAGCAUUCCUGGCUCGUGUGUCUGAGUGGAAAUCUCAUUCGUGGCCUCAUACACUGUCUGGUUCCAAAUCACAAGAGUCUCUUGGCGAGGAUGAAAGACUAGAAGCGUACAACCGUGCUCUGGAAAUCUACGCCGAUUUCAUCUCUCUCCAGCACGCCGACUUUCCGCUAAACCUUCCUUCGCAAGAAAUGAAGCAACUUUUCAAUAUCUUUGACAAGCCGGCCCGCAUCAUCUUUGGCGAGGAUUCAUCAAUCAACAUCGCCGUACCAUUCGACGACGCAUAUGUGCAAGGAUACGAGGGAUCGGAGUCAAGCAGCCAUGGCGACCUCCGGAACCAAGUCCGGUAUACAGGCGAGGUUCCCUCGGCGUUUGACUUUGCAGUCUUCGAUACUGCGCAUGACCACAUCAAGUAUCUUGUGUUGACGAACACCUGGCCUAAGUUCGUCAGGGAGAUGCACCAACGAAGACGUUCUUACGAGACGAGUCGGAGUGUCGUUACCAACGAGUCUGACUCCUCGCUUCUGAGUCAGGUUUCGAGCGGAGUGACGAACCUUAUCCGCUCAAUCAAGGCCGCCUAA